AUGGUUGUAAGUACAAAUUAUUAUCGUUUUAAAUCGCCGAAACAUGACUAAUCGUUUAAAAUAACCGUUGAAUUUUAUUUCAGAACCCUGCGUUUGUGGAGGUAUCCAGUCGAAAGUAUUUGACUUCCAACGGUAAGUAAAAUAUCAUACAUAUAAUUUAUUGCGUUGAAAUAAUAUGUAAUUCGGUAAUAAUUCAAUUCUUAUAAAAAUAUAUAUUACAACCGCCGAGACUACGUAAUUUUUCUGUAACUUAUUAAUUUGAAAAAAAAAACACACACACGCAUUUGGUUAUAAUCCAUUUCAAUGCACUAUAUUAUUUCAGCAAAAAGAACAAACUUUAAUAANGUAAUUCGGUAAUAAUUCAAUUCUUAUAAAAAUAUAUAGUACAACCACCGAGACUACGUAAUUUUUCUGUAACUUAUUAAUUUGAAAAAAAAACACACACACACGCAUUUGGUUAUAAUCCAUUUCAAUGCACUAUAUUAUUUCAGCAAAAAGAACAAACUUUAAUAGAGUAGAAGCUCGAAAAUACACCGCGGACGUCAAACGGUUCUGCGGAGAUUGUACUGAGGUAAAUUAUACUUGAAUACACUUGUAGGUCGCGUAAUUACAAUACUCGCGACGAAAUGUGUUUGAUAAAUAUUUGUUUUAUUUUUCUUCUCGGUAAGACCACGGACUCAGAGCUGAAUCGCAUUAGGAAAUAUUGGGUUCAGCGAUAUCUCCUUUAUACACGGUUUGACGCCGGUAUACUGUUAGACCACGGUACCUAUAUUCGCCGCCUAAUAAUAAUUGAUCGCGUUUCGUGUCUCGUUCGUUUAAUAUUAUUAUUCGUUUAACGUUUCAUUGUUUUACAGAAAGCUUCUAUUCCGUUUGCCCUGAAAUUCUGGCCAGACACAUUGCUGAACGUUACUGCCGAUUUCCGAACGGGGUCGCGGUGGACCCGUUUUGCGGAGCUGGUGGUAAUGUUAUCCAAUUAG